UUUUAAAAACUAUGACCCUUCGUUGUUCUCUGCUGCCCUGGCCUCCAACUCUAGCAACUUGUUAUCCAUAUUUACUAAACCUGAUGUUGAUUCGAAAUUAGCAACAUUCAACAGUGUUCUUCUUUCCACCCUUGAAGCUCAUGCUUCUGUCAAGCGUAUCAAGAUCCGUAGCCGUCCUUGUCCCUAUGUCACCACUGAAAUUAAAGAUCUUAUGAAUGCCAGGGACCAAAUACUUCGCCGUUUCAAAACUACACGUGACGACAAUGACUGGCAUAUCUAUAAGGAAGCUCGGGAAACGGUAAAAACCACACUAAGAAACGCAGAGAGAAACUACAUCCGUAAUGAGGUACAAACUCACAAAGAGAAACCGGGUUGUCUUUGGAAUAUUAUUAAUAAAGUUAUACCAUCCAAAGAGAGACCCACUCUAACAUACGGUAAAGACCAUAAAUCGGUAGCAGACGAUUUCAACCAGUUCUUUUCGUCAGUAGGGAGAAAAACAGCUGAAGAAGCUACCCGGCUAGCUUUGGAAAAUAAUAUUAACAUUUCCACCGCCGGUCUUCCAUCCACACCACUUGGAAAUUCCCCUGACGACCUGUUCUAUUUCCGUCCUGUUACCUGUACAGAAGUACAAAAUAUUAUUCUAUCUAUGACCUCCAACAAAUCUCCUGGUCUCGAUAAGAUCAAUAUGCGGGUCAUUAAAGAUUCGUUACCAGUUAUUUUAGGCCCCCUAACAGACAUAAUCAAUUGUUCCCUCAACACAUCUACAUAUCCCAAAGCAUGGAAAAAGGCUGAAGUUAUACCUCUGUUAAAAGAUGGUGACCAUGAGCAAGCUUCAAACGAUCGCCCUCUUUCGCUUCUACCCGUUGCUUCUAAAGUCUGCGAGAAAAUUGUGCUCAGUCAAUUCAACACGUACUUAACGAGAAACAAUCGUUUGUCCUCCCACCAAAGUGGCAACAAGAAACACUUCUCCACAGAAACACUGUCUAUUUUUGUGAAUGACACUAUUUUGAAAGCGAUGGAUAAUAAGAAGUUAACUGAACUUGUGCUUAUAGAUUUGUCUAAAGCAUUUGACAGUGUCAAUCACAAUAUCCUACUUCAAAAAUAUGAACGCAUCGGAGCGUCUAAACCGUCAUUGAGAUGGUUUGGUAGCUACCUAAAUGGACGAUCACAAGUAGUACGUAUUGGUCCAACUUCAUCUUCUCCCCUUAACCUCAGCCACGGCGUACCGCAAGGAGCGAUACUUUCACCCUUACUCUUCUGCAUAUACAUGAAUGAUCUCCCACUACCACCACGCACUAGCUCCCUUGAAUCAUACGUUGAUGACUCCAAGGUUUUCCUAUCCUUUCCGAUUAAAGAAACUACUUCCACCAAAGCGAAUCUGGAAGAAGACCUUUGUCUUGUAGCUAAAUUGUGUUUGACUAAUCAUUUAUUGAUCAACCCAGAGAAAACCAAGUUUCUGCUUAUUGGCACACCCCAGUUGUUAAAAAUAUUACCUUCGUCAAUGACUCUCUCAUUCCUAG